UCGCCACCUCGCGGCUCUAGGAGCUCUCGCUGCCGUCGACAAGACCCUUAACAUCAGCUUCAGCCGUUGGUAAUGAAGAAAGACUCCCUUACCCACUCCCAACACAAUGAUUUGUUUUGCCCUCUGGCGAAACACUCAUCUCGCGAAAAUAAUUCUGAAGACAAGAGUUGACAAAAUCGUGCUGUUGAGAAAACACAAAGUAAAAAUAUGAGUGCUCACUGGGGUACAGGGGGUGACGCUUACUUCAUAGAGAAUUGACAGCAAACCCCGCAGUAUUUCUGGGUAAAAAUCGUAACGAUUCGAUUGUUAAGUUGUCAUCUGCUUGGAGAUCGUCAGGAGCGAAUGAAUAUCAGUACAUUGAGCUCGUUAUCUCUGACAUUCAUGCUUUUGGAAGACAACUGACUACUGGGAGCAUGGAUGCAAGCGGAGAGUGAAGCUGAAUUAUUCAACUGAAGAAACAAUUUCUACAUGAUGACUCAAGCCAGCAGAAAACGAGGACGCAGUAUUGAAGACGAGAGCAGUGAAUUCACCCCCCUAUCAAAAAGAAUAAACAAUCUCCACAUAAACAACCUGGGAAAGCUCUGUGAAGUGCCAACAGAAUCACCACCAGACGCUGAAUGGACGAAUCGCAAUUUUGUGCCAUCUCCAAAUCACUCUGAGCCAUCCCAGAGCUCGUCCUCCUCAGACGGCUUCAGCAAUGCAGCCCAGAAUAAUUUUGUAACCCAGGAGUAUCAGCCUGAUCUCAGUCCCACCGAGAAUCCAUACUACUACGAGAACAACAAACUUCUGUAUUCACUUUACGUCGAGAGAAUGCACAGACGUGUCAACUAUGAUCUUUAAUUCUUCAACGAUGAAAAUUACUUCAUUACAUUUAUCUCAACGCAUUUCGAUGAUUAUUCCGUAUCAGUGAAGAAUUUAGGACUAAAAUUAUUCUCUAUUGUAAUUUAGCGUAAAUUGUUGUAUUCGAUGAUGAAAUAAAUUCCUUUUUUUUCUUUUUCA